AGGACCUCAUUUUUUAAAGACAUAUGUUCCUCAAAAAACUAUCACUGCAGAAUGAAGUGCAAUCCUGAUGAACAUGCAAUUAAAUACUGUGCUGACUGGACCAUCUGCUGCAAAAGAAAGAGAAUUCAAUUUAGGGGAAAAAAGUGGUGA